AUGAAUGCUGGAUUAAAAGAAGCAUUAGAAGAUCCCCAAAAAUACCAUUAUAAACAAGAAUGGUUAUCUUCUGAUUUUGAAUCCACUAGGGAACUCUUAGAAAUUUUUGCAUUCGGAACAGUAAAUGAUCUAACUAAUCUCAAAUUUAGCAAAAGAGAAGAUUUAACAUCUUCGAUGAUUGAUAAAUUAAGGAAAUUAACAAUUAUAUCACUGAGUGCGAAGUACAGGUACAUUAGUUAUGAUUUUAUACGUAAAGAAUGCGAAAUGGAUAGCUCUAAUGACAUUGAAGAAUAUCUGAUUCAAUUACAGGACUUCUUCCAAAUGGAGAUUGAUUCAGUUGGACAGCAGGUGAGAAUAAUUCGGUGUUUUGAUAGUAGAGACGUUUACGCAAACGAAUUGCCCUUAAUUAAUUUAGGAAAAGAUACUCCGACGACUACUAAAGAUGAAUUAUUACAGAGUUUACAUAAAUGGAAACUCAAACUUUUAUGCCAGAUUACAGAUGAACCUUAG